UUUACUGUAAAAACAAGGAAAGAGAUUCUUAGCAGAGCCGAGAAAGUGUUAAACUUUCUUCUUGAAUUGUGUGUUGAUGCCAAAGUAACAAACUGCGGAAUCAAAUCUACCAGAUUUGUUUUCCAAACGUUAUAAGAAGGAAAAAAAACCGACCCUCUCUAUUGUGUGUUUAACAUUAAACGCCUAAACCAUACGCGACCCCCUGUUUUAGGAGAAGGGCACAAAGUCUCUUCCUUUACCAACCCGCACGUUCCGCCCCGGGUCGGGUCAAUGUCAAAACGGACGGGAACUGUUUAUAUUCAUCCCACUUCAUCAUCAACUACUUGAGAGAUCUCUUAAUUCAAACUUUUGAGAUACAUUUUUUAGGGUUUAAUUCACAAUCACGUGGAGAUGAUUGAGAAUGAGAGCUCUUCCUUGGAUUACCGGAGCAUUCGAGAAGUCGCCUGCAACGCCGCCGCCGGAGCCACCGCAGGGGCGAUCGCGGCGACUUUCGUUUGUCCAUUGGAUGUGAUCAAAACGAGGUUACAGGUUGUUGGUCUCCCGGAAGCUCCAGUCUCGGGGAAAAGAGGUAGCGUGAUCAUUACAAGCCUACAGGAUAUAGUUAAGAAGGACGGUCUUAGGGGAAUGUAUCGAGGUCUUUCACCAACCAUCAUUGCUCUCCUUCCCAAUUGGGCUGUUUACUUCUCUGUUUAUGGGAAGCUAAAGGAUGUACUUCAGUCAAGUGAUGGCAAGCUUAGUGUUGGGGCAAACAUGGUAGCGGCUGCUGGUGCCGGAGCUGCCACUUCUAUUGCAACCAAUCCACUUUGGGUUGUCAAGACAAGACUAAUGACGCAAGGAAUUAGGACGGAUGUGGUACCUUACAAAAGCAUUAUGUCUGCUUUUAGUAGGAUUUGUCAUGAAGAAGGAUUGCGAGGGCUUUACAGUGGCAUUUUACCUUCUUUGGCGGGGAUUAGCCAUGUUGCAAUCCAGUUUCCUGCAUAUGAAAAGAUCAAGCAAUACAUGGCAAACAUAGAUAAUACAUCCGUCGAUAAUCUAAGUCCUGGCAGUGUAGCUAUUGCCUCUUCAAUCGCGAAAGUACUGGCCUCUGUUUUGACUUACCCACACGAGCAGGUAAUUAGAGCCAAACUUCAAGAACAAGGGCAAAUGAGAAACGCUGAGACUAAGUAUUCCGGAGUUGUUGAUUGCGUCAAGAAGGUGUUUAGAAGCGAAGGGAUUCCUGGAAUGUACCGUGGAUGCGCCACUAAUUUACUGAGGACAACUCCAUCAGCAGUUAUUACAUUUACAACCUAUGAGAUGAUGCUUAGAUUUUUCCGACAAGUUGUGCCACCAGAGACUAAUAAAUCAAACAAUCAAAAUAGAGAAGAAAAAACGAAGAGUUUAGUUAGUCGACACGGAGCAGAAGAAGAAGAGAGCUUGAGAGAGUCACAAACCCAAUCUAAUAAGAUCAACACUUCACCUAUCCGUCUUGGAAGCAAAUAAGGCUUGUUUUCAGACUGGAGACAUGCUCCUAGUCCUAAGUUUUUUUUUUUACCUAAAGCCUUGUUUCAGUUGAGUGAUUUUUUCCCUUCCGGUGAUCAAGUUGUAACCUGUUCUCUUCUAACAACUGUUAACCUAUCAUUACAUAACUUUUUUGGCCCUUUUGAGUUAUAAUGAUGAUAAGCGUGCAUAGAAA